CAUAUAUAUAUGCAGACCUUUGCUGCGAAAGCAGGAACACGGCCUUCAUCGAGUCUUGACUUGAGCCGUCCUUGAAGCUGCUUUCCAACGAUUGUUGCCCGCUGCCUCCUUCUCUCACCAACGCUCAGCUCAGCUCUACUGUUGACUCUCUGUUCUAAGCGAACGAGGACAUGGCAAGGACCACAUAGUCUUUGGGCCCCUUGCGCAACUCAUUCUCAUCAUGUCGUCCCUAUUCGGUCACAAGCACAAUCUCUACCUCUUUCCAGGUGUGAUCGACUUUAGUCAGGUCGACUUUUGGAUCGCAGCCGCUUCCAUCUGCUUCAACCCCCUCUACUGGAACUUGGUAGCGCAGAACGAGUAUCGCAACAAGACAAUCACAAAGCUGCUGAGGGGCAACAGGUACUUGGGAUGCUACCUGCUCGGAGCUAGCAUCUUCCUGCUGGGCAUACUCAGGGAUCAUCUCUACAACCACGCCAUCGCUUCCCAGCCUGCCAAUGCUCUACUGCUCCAUCCCGCUGCCAAAGUGGGCGGUGCAGCCAUCUUUGCGGUGGGACAAGUGUUUGUCAUCACUUCCAUGUGGGCCUUGGGCGUGACUGGAACAUACCUUGGCGACUACUUUGGCAUCCUCAUGCCCAGCAUCGUCACCGGCUUCCCCUUCAACGUCGUAGCGGAUCCCAUGUAUGUGGGUAGCAGCAUGUGCUUCUUUGGCGUGGCGCUUUGGUUCGGCAAGCCUGCAGGUGUGAUCCUCUCCGUUUUGGUGGUCAUCGUCUACAUCGUCGCGAUGCGCUUCGAAGGACCUUUCACGGCCAACAUAUACGCUACGGCUGCGCGAGAAAAGGAGCGACACGAAAAGAUCGAAGCAAUCCAAGCGGCUGACGGACCAGCUAGAGGUACGCGAUCCCACGGCACCUCCUCGCCCGCGCCCAAAGCAACACGAAGGAGCUCUCGCAAACGCGCAGACUGAUCUUACGUAUCGCUUUCAGAUACCUCUUGGCUACGCGGCCAUUGCGAGGGUCUCUCCGCUGAGGUGCUCUGCGAUUCGUCACUCACAUUCCUGCUACGCUAGGACUUCUCUCAAAAUCUGCAAUUCUCUGUUGCUUGCCCUCGCACGGCAGGCAAGUGCGUAGUGAUUGCUAGCAUACUUGCGCAUGGUCUCAACACCACUUUGAGUACACAUCUCACACUGACUCGACAUCCCUCAUUACCCACACGCGGAAGUAGCUGCUCACAGCUCGCUUCGUCAUGCACCUACGUUCUUUCUUGACAACCACCAUGUAUGAAGCAUAUGCGCUAAUUGUAUGCUAUGUGUUCGAAUCCCU